AUGUCAUAUUCAAAUCAGUCUCAGAUAAAUGUGUUUGCUGGACUUCAGGGUGACUUGCUGGUGGAAUAUGUUCUGUUCACCGUGCUCUGUUCCUUGCCAUGCUGUUUGUUCCUCUUCAUUAAUGGGAUGAUGUUAUUCACACUGAGGAGUAAAGCGGUGUUUCGUGAGACUCCUCGUUACAACCUUCUGUAUAACGUGCUGUUAGCAGACACUGCACUGCUCGCACAGAGCCAGUUACUCUACGCACUGGCUGCUUCUGGACUCAGACUGACGUAUCCUGUGUGUGGAGUUCUCACCAUGCUGACCAUUCUGUCAAAUGAAAUCUCUCCUCUCACGCUGAUGGUGAUGUCUCUGGAGAGGUAUGUAGCUGUGUGCUACCCGCUGAGGCACGCUCAGAUCAUCACCAUCACAAAAACAGCAGCAGCUAUCUGCAUGGUGUGGGCUUUCAGUCUUCUAAAUGUCUGCAUGAGAGUUCUUUUACUGUUAGAGUCUCCACUUGAAGACAAUCUGCAGAUGGCCACAGUUUGUACAGACACAGCCAUGAUGAUCGGCCCUUUGUCUUAUCAAUAUAACUUGGCCUACACGUGCGUCCUCUUUGUGCUGGUUGCUGUGGUGAUCAGCUUCUCUUAUAUCAGUGUGGUGCUCGCUGCCAGAUCAGCCUCCGUAGACCAAGCUUCAGCCCGAAAGGCUCGUAACACGCUGCUGCUUCAUCUGGUCCAGCUGGGCCUCAGUCUCUGCUCCACUCUGCACUCAGUCACAAUCAUAUCACUGUCCAAAACCCGAGACAAAGUCACAAUUUCUCGGCUUAAACGUGUUCUGUAUGUGUGUGUUUACCUGUUCCCCAGGUGUCUGCGCGUUCUUAUCUAUGGCCUCAAAGACCAGACCAUCAGACCCGUCCUCAUGUUCUACCUCUGCUGUUGUCUGCAGAGAGCCAAAGCCAGACACAGCAACAAGCAAGAAAACAAAGUUAGUCUUUAA